CUAUAUAAACGAGAGAUCGGAGACCAUCCCUCUCAUUCUUUCUUCUUCUAACUUCGCCGGUGCUUCGUCGUCGUUUAGUUCUUUUUCUCCGUUGACGGAGGUAAAUUUCUGCGCUGGAAUUUUGUCGGCGGCCAAUGUGGUCUGAGUGAUGAGAAAAAAACCCUAACUUUAGGGAUUAGAGAGCUGUUUGACGAAAAAAAGAUUCGAGAAAUGAGCGGAGAGAGAACACAAGAAGACCCUGCUUCGUCUUCGGGGUGUUCAGAGUCCUACGAGUUUAGCCACGCUGCCGCUAAAGCUGCAGUAGCUCAGGUCUGCGAGAGCGUCGGUUACGAGCAUUUCAAAGAUCCAGCUCUGGAAUCUCUAGCUGGAUUCGCACUUCAGUACAUUCUUCAGCUAGGUAAAACUGCUACUUCCUUUGCUAAUCUAACUGGUAGGAGUCACUGUAACGUGUUCGAUAUCAUUCUCGCUUUGGAAGAUUUGACUGGGAAUGGCGAUGAGGGAGUCUCGUCUGAGAGUUGCUCUUUAGGGCGUUCGGUUAAACUUAGGGAAAUUAUCGAUUUUGUGAAUUCGAGUGAAGAGAUCCCUUUUUCGCAGCCAUUGCCUCGUUUUCCUGUAGCUCUAAGUGAUAGGAGUAAGAAGAUGAUUCCAAGCUUUGUUGAAAUUGGUGAAACUCCACCUGGGAAUCAUAUUCCUCUUUGGUUACCAGCUUUUCCUGAUCCGCAUACAUAUAAGGAAACACCUAUGUGGAUUGAAAGGGCAUCAGAUCCCAGGGGAGAUAAGAUUGAACAAGCCAGGCAGAGGCGUAAGGCCGAGAGAGCUUUGCUAAGUUUGCAAAGGAAACUUGUCUGUAAAAUCUCCUCAGGGAAUCGUGUGUGGGGAGAUAUGGAUGGUGUGAAAGAAGAAAUCAGAGGAGACGAGGCUGAACUGCCUUCUGUAUCGCCUUCUUUAUCUGGGGAGAAAGUUGAAUCACUGAAUAGAGAUGCCCUAUCAGUAGUAGAGGCAUUUGCUCCUGCCAUGGAGGCUGCAAGAGAUGGUUUUUGCAAUGAAGUUCACACUGAAUGGAAGAAGAAAAAACCUGUUGCUCUUUCUAAGCUCAGAAGCGAGAAGAAAUUUCUCGGGGAGCCGUUGGAUCUGAGUCUACAGAUGAAGGGUGAAAAUAGACCCAUAUCCUUUGUGCGUGAUGAGGAUAGAGAUGACAAAAGAAGGAGAGCGGAGUUCAUUUUGAGACAGUGCAUGGAGAACCCAGUGGACCUCAAUCAGUUGUAAAAUAAGUGAUUCAUUACAGUCUGUGUAGCGUAGUUUUAAAAAUUGUGAUUUGUAGCCUUUCUUUACAGGACUAUGUUAUGAUACGAUGCUAUGAUUGAAAGAAUGAGAACUGCUAACCUAUAUCUUAAGCAGUUGAUAAAUCUUUUCAUGGAAA